AUGAACAAUAACGAAGAAGAGGCAAAUAAUUAAGAUCAAUUAAGAAAUAAAAUAAAAAUUUUCUCACCUACUAUUGCUUAGUAAACUGCUAAUGAAUCAAGUGGGUAAAGAUUUGCUAUUGUUUAACCUAAUUUCGACCUUUCUUAUAAGUAGAAAUGGGGCUUUAAAAUAAAUAAGCUUGUAGGGUGGAUUGGAGUUGGGAUUUGUCAUGUAAAUGUAUUAGCGGGAUUUUAAUAUAAUUUUAAAUAUACUGAUGUUGGGCAUGGCUCAUAUCUUGUUUCAGGAAACGGUUACACUUGGUCACAUUAUAAAAGUGAAAAUAAUUCAGCGAGUAAAAGUUUUAGUUUUGCUACUGGAGAUAUCAUUUAUGGAGAAUUUGAUCCGAUUAAUAAAGUUGUUAAGUUUGUGAAAAAUAAAACACUUGAAAAUUAUACACUUGAGAUUGAUUUGAAAUUAGGAGAUGAAAUAGCCCCUUGUGUUAAUCUUUGCUCAAUUAACGAUGAAGUCGAAAUCAUUUAGAAUUCUUCGGAAUUGGAUCUUAUUUAGUUUUGA